CGCUGUCUCCGUGUCUGGUUGGCAGAGAGACCGCGCGUCUCUGCCUGGAAGGGGUUAGAGGGUUUGCUCGUUUCCAGUCCUGCCCAUUCCCUCUCGAGGAGGAGGAACGAGAGCAACCAGUGCUGCGAGAGUUUUGACACCCCCAGUCUUCAGAUGCUGACACCUUCACACCACAGAGAACCUGCUAAAUAUACCCACCAGUGCCCGUCUGCGCGCUACAGAGAGGACGGAAAUCAGUCAUUUAAGGGAGUGACCCGACCGCACGCCCUCAGAAGCGCCCACAGCCCGCGCUGCCAACGAGCCGAAGACGCGCUGUCAAGCCUCUCCAGACUUGGAUUAUGAAAUUGUACAGCGCUGACUGAGCGUGCAAGAAUCUUCCGCUUUCCAGGACUGCGAGUUUUCUUCUUCGCGUUAUGGAAGAGGAGACGGCGGUCCCCUCGUUCGAGUGACAGGAUCCCUCUCCAGCCUCCGAACUACCGCGUGGAUUCAAAAACAAUUCACACACGAAAUCUUGAGGAUAUAAGUGAACAGAUUUCUUUGAGGAUGUACUGGCGUUCGCUCUGGGUGACUCUAGCGGGAUUGUCCGUGGCUCGCGCUCUAACGGAAAGUCCCUGCGGUGGGAAAAUCACCAUCACCAGUGCCGGAUAUGUGACCUCUCCCGGUUACCCGUCUGGAUACCCGGUGAACCAGCAGUGCAGCUGGCUGAUACAGGCGCCUGAUCCACAGCAGAAGAUCCUCAUCAACUUCAAUCCUCAUUUUGAUCUGGAAAGCCGGGAAUGCAAGUAUGAUUUUGUACAGGUGUUUGAUGGUGUGGAUGAGAGCGCUUUCUCUCAUGGGAGGUUCUGCGGCAAAAUUGCUCCAUCUCCGAUUAUCUCUAUUGGAAACUCUUUACUCAUCAAAUUCACCUCCGACUAUGAAAGUGCUGGAGCCGGAUUCAGCAUCCGCUAUGAAAUACACCGCACAGGUACUGAAUGUUCCAGAAACUUCACUGAGCCACACGGAGUGAUUCAAACCCCUGGUUUCCCUGAUAAGUAUCCAAACAACCUGGAGUGCACCUUCAUCAUCUUUGCACCCAAGAUGGCAGAGAUUGUUUUGGACUUCCAGAGCUUCGAUAUGGAACCGGAUACAACCGCACCUGUUGGGGCCGUCUGCAGAUUUGACUAUCUGGAGAUAUGGGACGGAUAUCCUACAGUGGGGCCUCACAUUGGUCGAUACUGUGGUUCCAGACAGCCAGGUCGUGUGAUCUCAUACACCGGCAUUCUCUCUCUCAGCAUUCACACAGACAACGCUAUCACCAAGGAAGGCUUUUCAGCCAAUUACAGCAUCCGAACCAGCUCAGAUCCACCUCAGCCACAGCAAGGUGAGUGCAUGUCUCCUUUGGGGAUGGAAAGUGGUGAGAUCACAGAAGACAGGAUAACUGCUUCAUCACAGUACAAUCCCAGCUGGUCUCCAAUGCGCUCCAGGCUGAACUUCCCUGAAAAUGGCUGGACGCCAUCAGAUGAUUCUGUUCGGGAGUGGAUACAGGUGGACUUGGGUUUCCUGCGGUAUGUGACGGCCCUAGGAACACAAGGUGCCAUUUCAAAGGAAACAAAAAAAGCUUACUACGUCAAAACAUACAAGAUCAGCGUGAGCUCAAAUGGAGAGGACUGGAUUUUUCUGAAAGACAAAACCAAACAUAUGGUGUUUAAUGGAAAUCAAAAUCCUACAGAUGAGGUACUUGCCAAGCUGCCCAAACCCACCCUGACCCGUUACCUACGUAUUCGACCUCUGUCCUGGGAACAAGGCAUCUGCAUGCGUUUCGAGGUGUACGGGUGUAAAAUAUCAGAUGCUCCGUGCUCCAGUAUGUUAGGGAUGGUUUCGGGUCAGAUUUCGGACUCUCAGAUCACAGUGUGGCCAUCGGCAGAGAGGGGCUGGCUCCCGGAGCAGGCCCGGCUCCUAACCGGCCGAACGGGCUGGGUGGUCGCUCACCAGCAGAAUGUGGGAAAGAACCAGUCACUGGAGCUGGAUCUGGGGGCCCAGCGGGUGGUAUCGGGUCUCAUCCUGCAAGGAGGGAAAUACAGAGAUGUGAAUAUUUUCAUCAGACGCUUCAGAGUUACGUACAGUACGAAUGGAACGGACUGGAGCCACAUACUAGAGGAGAACAGCAAAGUGAAGGUGUUUAUGGGUAAUCAGAACCAUGACACACCAGAAGUACGUAAUUUUGAUCCAGUGCUCAUGCGUUUCCUGCGUAUCUACCCUGAGCGUGGCUCUCCUGAAGGCAUGGGGUUACGGCUGGAGGUUUUAGGGUGUGACCUACAAGAGCCCACAACGCCUCUUCCCCUCACCACCACCAUGGAAACUACAGUAGCUACCGUCACCAGCCCUCCAGGGAUAACUCCAACAACCACCAUUAUUCCAACGACAGUGGAGAAUUGCGAUGACGAUGGCAACUGCCGCAGCGAAGCAGCGACAGACUAUGACUCAACAGAAACUGCAGUAGCAGAGCCAUUUAUGGAGAUGGAACCAGUACCUGCAUAUAUUUGGUUUGCUUGUGACUUUGGCUGGGCUGAUAACCCCUCCUACUGUGGAUGGAGUCAGGAUGGAGGUGAAGGAGCUGAAUGGCAUAUAAAUAACAACAGCAAACACACUGAUCACAAACUGCCUAAUAUGGACCACACAGGGAUGCCUCACAACUUCAUUUACGCAGCUUCUAACUCAGACACGCAGAUAGAGAUCGAGAGGAAGACAGAAACGGAGACAGAUGAAGAACUUGCCCGAAAAGGAAGGCUGGCGAGACUGGCCAGUUUGCCGGUCACAGCCCCGGACUCAGACCUGUGCAUGUCUUUCUGGUACCACUUCAGCGAGAAACACACGGGAACUCUGAACAUCAAGCAGAAGAUAGAACAAUUAAAGGUGGGGAGAGAGGACAAUGAGCUUCUGAUCCGCUCUGUGAACGGCCAGAUGAAAAGCAGAUGGAGGGAAGGAAGAGUUCUGAUUCCCAGUGCAGACACUUCUUAUCAGGUGAUUCUUGAGGCUCAAGUGGAUCCUACAGAGUCUGGUUACAUCUCACUUGACGAUAUAAAGAUACUGGAUGAAGUGGAUCCUGAAGAGUGCAAGGACCCAGAAAAUUCAGAAGGUGAUGAAGAUGAAGUUGAUGAAAUCGUGAACUGUGAGGGGACUGACAACACCCUGUGGAGUUUUGGACGCGGCUCCAUGCUGAAGAGUUUAGACCCCAUCCUGAUCACCAUCAUCGUGAUGAGCGCCGUGGGAGUCCUGCUGGGCGCCGUGUGCGGGGUCCUGUUCUACUGCGCAUGCGCUCACACCACAAACAGGAACCUCUCUGCUCUGGAGAACUACAACUUUGAGCUGGUGGACGGAGUCAAACUAAAGAAAGAAAAACUCAGCGCACAGAAAUCUUACACAGAGGCAUGAGGAAUGCUAGACGAACCCAGGAAACAUUUGCUGGACAAUGUUGGAGGAUCGUUCUUAGAACGUUUGUUGCAGCGUUUCUCAAUGUCAAGACUGAGCGUUAUUCUCAGGACGUGCAGGAAGAGAAACUGGCCUCGAGAGGGCGCCGUGUAUAGAUUGUACAGCCAGAUGAUGAUUGUCUACUGUUUGUUUGUUCGUUUGUACAUUCGUUGCUGGUGAUGAGACCAAGACAAAACAAUGUAUCCUCUCUCACAGUUGGAUUUUUUUUUUUUUAAAGACCCUUUUUCGGAGCUGUACACAAAUGGGUUUUUAGUGUUAUUGUGCUGGUUUAUGAUUGGAGAUGUGUUUGUUCAGUUGGUAACUCACACUUCAUUCCAAUGGUGCCUUUAAACGUGUUUUUGUUGCCUUUUUACACAUGAGUUCCUCCUUAAACAGUCAUUUUGCUCUUGAGCACAAACUAUUCACAGAUACGGGCUAAUACAGAUCAAUACAUAAUGAUACAUCUAAUAUAUCUCAACAGGACAUGAGCAUGAUGUCUAUGUUAAGUAGCUAGAUUAUUUGGUCCAUCUUUAAAGGUCAGAAGACAUUUUAAUAUGACCCACUUUCAUGAUUUAUUGAUUUAUUACACAGCUCUCUGCACUGCAGAAUUUCAAUCAGUAUUUUUAAAUCAGUCAAUCAGUCUUAUUUUCAAGUAAAAAUGUUAAGAUACUUUACUCGACAAGCAAAAAUGUUAGGCUAACGGCCUUAAUAUAUUAUUUUCUUGUUUUUAAUGUAAACAUUACUAAAAAUUUGUUUUAUUUAAAACCAGAAAGAGUUGUGAAUGGCAUAAUAAAUUGUUUUAAUUUAAUACUUAAAACGAGAUUUAAAACCUUUAUGUUUUGCUUCUGUUAAGUGUUUUGAUAUUUUUGCUUGCAACAAGACAAAAAUUCUCACGAAUCCAGAUUUUAUUUUGUUCUUUAAAUGCACUUGGCAUUCUGCGAUCAAAUAUUUUUGUACAAUGCCAUUUAAAAUAUAAAAGUACAAUCUUACUUCAGGGUCACGAUACAGUUCAAUACAGGUCAAAGGGUCAAUGUUUAAAUAAACGAUACAUCUAAUAUAUAUCAGUAGGACGUAUGCAUGACAUCUUUCUCAAUGGUUAGUAGCUAGAACGCGAUUCUACCAUUUUCUUUUAGUCCAUCCUGACUCUAUAUAUUGUAAAACAACAGCUCAGAUGACAUUCUUUGAGACAGUGUUUGUUUAAACGACUUGUUCUUUUAGCUGCCCGUGUGUUGCCAUGGUAUCGAGUGACAUCGUAUUUCAGAAUGACAUGUCUGCAGACCAUCUGUGAAAAUAGUGUCUUCUAGACUGGACCCCUCCUAAUCAGGAGACACCGGGGAGACGCUCACUCCGAGAACGUCUGGGAAUCGAAGCAGAGACAAAGCAAAUGAAGCAUCUAAGAGCGUUAAUGGGGAAGUAUCUCCCAAAGGAAAUGAAUAGUAUUUGAAGGAUGUGAAAGGCACAAACUGAUCCGUGCUUUUAAGCAUUGAGAAGGACAACCUAAGAGAGACAAGACAGCAAGUGCCGACAAAGGCAUCUGGAUCUAUAUUUCACGCGCAGUUUGUUUUUAGCAUCUCGAAGGAGACAUCAGAAACUUUUCUCUCGUUCAGAUGAACCAACGUAUGUCAUUUUGCACUGAGAAUUAUAUUUAAUGAAAGAUUUAGAUAGUAAUAAGAGUGUUAACUACUUUAAAUUGUAAGAAAUCCAACUGUCAGUGUAACAGCUCACUUUUUUAAUGCUAUUUAAAAUGAAAUGGUAUUUUUCUUAAUUGUAAUAGUUGUUUUUGUGUCCUGAGGAACUGAACUAACCCUCGACUGGAUUUUCAUCACAGACUCUAACAAAAAAAACUCAUUUGAUGUUAUUAAGUCCAAUCUGUCUGGUGGCUGUUUUGUAUUCGCAGUUCUGUGAUGAACAAAAAAAAAAAGACUGAAGACUUACGUCUCAUGGGCAUCAACUAAUUCAACCAAUCAGCAGUUUGCAGCAGCAAGUCUGACCAAUCGGAUUUAUGAAUUUCUCAACAACAACAUUCCAAAGAGCAAAGUUAAUAAAGUUUUUAUAAAGA